AACACCUAUGCUCAGAGGCAGCUCUUGGAAGUGGGUGGUGGUGGGAGAGAGUGUUGGAACAGCUGUACCCAGCACAUCAGGCUGGGGUUUGCUCCACAGUCAGCAGCAUGAGAGAUCAAAUAGACCUGCUGGCCACAGUCACAGUUCUGGGAGUCCUGGAGCAAGCCUAUUUUGCAAUGCAGGUGAUCUACGCCCGUCGCAAGUACAAGAUUUCCCCUCCUGAAACAACAGGUCACCCUGAAUUUGAGCGGACCUUCAGAGCUCAGGCAAACUGCUCAGAGUACUUCCCAAUCUUCAUUUCCCUCCUCUGGGUUGCUGGAAUCUUCUUCCAUCAAGGUGUGACUGCAGCGUGUGGGCUCUUGUACCUCUACACCCGCCUCAGGUACUUCCAGGGCUACGCCGUGGCGGCACAGGGACGGGGAGCCAGUCAUGUGGCACCAUCAGAGAGAGAAUAUUUCCUUGGCUCUGCAUUCCCUGCUGAAGGGAGAUGGAUGCUGGCACUCCUCUGGUCUUCAGAGAUAAUUUCCCUUCUAGAAAGCAAAUGCUUUCCAGCCCCUGCCCCUGCUGAGGAGCUUCACUGCUGGGCUUUGUAGCACUGCCUGCUCUAAAAUGCCUCUGGCUCUGCCUCGUGGAGCACAGAUUGACCCACAUGCUGUCAUCUCUCCUUCUUACUGCUGUAAUGAUCUAUGUUGAAGAAUCAUACCAUGGAUAUGAAAAAUAAAUUCUUGUUCUCACUA